ACCCCGGCCUCCAGCGCGUGGCUUCCCGCGCGGGGAUGGCUGAAGGUCGUGGUCCCCCGGGGCUGGUUAUCCAAGGAUGUGAGCGAUUUGACGAGCAGAAACGCCCUUCCGCAGCUACAGAUGGAGAAACUGCCAUAAAACAUUUGGAGAUAAUCGGUUUUUCAUUAUUCCCAAGAAGCCAAAAAGAGUAAACAUCAAUUAACAUUGGCUCUGUUUCCAUUUCAUCAGCCAUGGACUGUUUCCAAACUUCACCGAGCCAUUCCUGGAUUUAUCCCACUGUCAUCCUCUGCUUAUUUGGGUUUUUCUCCAUGAUGAGACCCUCAGAACCUUUCCUUAUCCCAUACUUAUCUGGACCAGACAAAAACCUGACCAGCACAGAGAUAACCAAUGAGGUCCUUCCCGUGUGGACAUACUCUUACCUGCUGCUGCUGCUCCCCGUGUUCAUCCUCACCGAUUACGUCCGCUACAAGCCGGUCAUCAUCCUCCAAGGGAUUAGCUUAAUCACUACCUACCUGCUGCUCCUGUUUGGCCAAGGAGUGACAGCCAUGCAGGUUGUGGAGUUCUUCUAUGGGAUAGUCACUGCCACCGAGGUCGCCUACUUUGCCUACAUAUACAGCGUGGUCAGCCCAGAGCAUUACCAGAAGGUGAGCGGCUACUGCAGGGGCGUCAUGCUGGUGGCCUACACGGCCGCCUCGGUGCUGGCCCAACUCUUGGUGUCGCUGGCCAAAAUGUCAUAUUUUUACCUCAACGUCAUAUGCUUGGUCUCUGUGUCUGUGGCUUUCCUUUUCUCACUUUUUCUCCCAAUGCCCAAGAAAAGCAUGUUUUUUCAUGCAAAGCCCAGCAAAGAAGCACAUAUGCCAUUAAGCACGAAUACAGUGUUAGGUGAACCACGUGAAGGGGCGACACCCGGCUGCGAUGAAGAGACACCCGCUUCAGAAACAGCCACCGCUCCAGGAAACCUGGGUGACGGCCAGCUCAGCAGCCCAAAGCCAGAAAAUGUCGCUUGGAGAGUUUUUGUGCAGUGGUUCCAAGAUUUGAAGGAGUGCUACUCCUCCAAGCGUCUUCUAUACUGGUCCCUAUGGUGGGCUCUCUCCACAGCAGGUUUCAACCAGGUCUUGAACUACGUUCAAAUCUUGUGGGACUAUAAGGCACCAUCCCAAAAUUCUUUCAUCUAUAAUGGGGCAGUAGAAGCUAUCGCAACCUUUGGAGGGGCCGUGGCUGCCUUUGCAGUGGGUUAUGUGAAAGUCAACUGGGACCUUCUGGGAGAGUUGGCCCUGGCCUUCUUCUCAGUGGUCAAUGCCAGCUCCCUACUCCUCAUGCACUACAUAGCUGACAUCUGGGCGUGCUAUGCUGGCUAUUUGAUGUUCAAAUCCAGCUAUAUGCUUCUUAUAACCAUAGCAGUAUUUCAGAUUGCAGUUAAUCUGAGCAUGGAGCGAUAUGCCCUGGUGUUUGGAAUCAACACCUUCCUGGCCCUGGUGGUUCAGACCAUCGUCACCGUGAUCGUAGUAGACCAGAGAGGGCUUAACCUGCCCAUCAGCGUUCAGUUUUUAGUUUAUGGGAGUUACUUUGCUGUCAUUGCUGGAAUUUUCCUUAUUAGAAGCCUAUACAUUAUCUACUCAGCCAAAUGCCAAAAAGACGUGCAGAGCUCUGCUACAAGUCAGAGCCACAGAUGAGCCACACCCAGAGGGACCGAGAAACGCCAUCAAGGGAACAAAGCCCUAAUCUUAUGUCAACCACUACAGGCUCUUAGCGAGGACUGGGCUGGUCACCGUCCCCGGGUGCCAUAAAUUGACAGUCUUCACAAGUCUGGAUGCCAGUGGACCUUUUCAAAACCACAACAAAAUCUCAGCUUUAGACCAGAUAUCCAUAUGCCCAGCUGAACUGGAUGCAGUUGACAGGGCCCAUUCAUCUCAAUUAAACAACCCAUGUUGGGGCCCCCGUGAAUAGCAGUGAUGGAAAAAAUCUGGCUUUGAUCACUUGUAAAGACAUGCAAAUGGCUUGUUUCUGUGCCAGUCGACCAGGACUGCUACAUGCUGAGCAGUGACUCACAGUGAGGUCCCCGGUGAGGUCAUGGAGUGGAUGUUCCCCAUUUGUGAGCAGAACAAAGUGAACUGCCGGUUUCUUGCUUAGAUAUUUAUCUUACCGAAACGGACUACACGUGGAACAGUUUCUGUCACAUGAGCCAUUUUCCCUCUUCUUCAACUAAGUGUAUUCUGUAUACCACAAUUCUCUGAGAGAAUUACAAGGUUUGGUCUCAUUUCUAAGGACUCCACUUUAAUUCUGAUAACUGAGCAUUAGGAGCAAGCUUCUAUUUGAUAAUAUCAUCAUUUAAUUUUUUCAUGUUAAUUUUUCACUUUGUACUCUCCUGAGCUUUGUUGUUGAAACUCUACCUCAAGACCAGCUUAACACUCCUGUGUGUCCACAGAAUGCUAUUCAUUGCCUAGUGGUGCAAAGAGAGCCGUGAGCUUUCUUCCUAUCAUGACCCCAGACAGAUGUGCUAAUGCUAUGUCCGUAUAAUGGCUGUUUAAAACAGAAAACUUAUGUAGAAUUCCCAGGGGUUUCUGUAAAUAUUCAUAAAUAAGAAAACACUGAAGGGAAACACCUAAUUUUUAAACGGCAGAGACUGUACUAAAUAAAAUAAUGUGGCCUGGCCGGCAUGACUCAGUGGUUGAGUGUCGACCUAUGAACUAGAAGGUCACAGUUCGAUUCCCUGUUGGGGCACAUGCCCGGGUUGCGGGUUUGAUUCCUCAGUGUGAGGCGUGCAGAAGGCAGCCAAACCAUGUUUCUCUCUCAUCAUUGAUGUUACUGUCUCCCUCUCCAUUCCUCUCUGAAAUCAAUAAAACAUAAAAUAAAAAUAAUGUGGGCAGAAAUUGUAAAGAGUCUUUCUAAUUUCCUAAUGAGUGCUGAAAAUUGUCUGAGCUUGUCUUUCCUGUGAAAUUUCAAUAGAGGACAGAUUGAGCAGGAGAAGAAGAAAUAAAAAGGUUAAACAAAAAUGC